UUUGCAUUGAAAUGCAAUGGAAAGGCUCAGCUGCAGACACAGUCAGGCAAACAUACCAACAGCUAACCAGUGGCAUAAUCCAAUUAAGCCUUUCUGUUAAAUUAAACCACAGAGAUUUAAAGUAUUCUGGUUCUUAAUUAUUUUCAAUCCUGGAUGGGUGAACACCAGAUGAUGACUUUGUCUGCAAGGUCAUUUCCACCUUUACUGAUGCAGAAUCUUGCCAUUCCAAGGUACAGUACAUCAAGGAUCAAGGAGGUUAACCCAUUGAGACCGACCGUGGCGUCAUUUGCAAGGGUCGUGGUGGUCUAAUCCGUUGGACUUAAUUUGGCUGGACAAGACUUUACUUCUCUUGUAAACUCUGUAACCCCCACAAAAGGAAACCACCGAUAUCAGCUGUCAAAGACUUCUGCAAGGAGACAACGCGUUGAAAGGGAUUCCAAUGGGGACGAUGCCUAAUCCGCAGAGGACUGUAACAGUUCAAAUGGGCACACCUCUCGUAGCAGGAGAUCACCAGGGGAACAAGGAGUCUACUGACAACUGGCAAAAACAAACAAGCUCAAAUCUAAACAAGACUUGCACGUCCCCAGCUGAUCACAGACAGAGUAAUGCUUGUUUAAUUGAGUCAGACAUGACUUCGGCUGAUGAGACCCUAAGCUGCGGAAAACAAAGCAGGAUGGAUAUUUGUAAUCCAAAAGGAGAUAACAGGAAAUCACAAAUGAUAAUUCCCAAAGAAUUGGACUCAGCCGGAAAUUUGAAAAGCUGGUGUAACAUUGACCAUAACACUGACCGUAACACAGAAGAAAACAUGAGGGAUAACAACUCCAAUCUAACAGUAUUGACAGCUUCUCAGAAGGAGGAAGGUUCUACAGCAAGCCAGCCUGCUCCAGUUUACUUACCAAAGACUGAUUUACAGGCAAAUGACAAAGAUAUCCCCUCUGAUUGUCUCCUUACAAAGCCAAGUAUAACGAGCCAUGCUGGCAUUGUCACAGGUGAUGUCAUUGCCUUGUCCUUGCAAUCAACAAAACGAAAGGAUUCUGACAUCACUAAAGUGAAUCUCUCGGUCUCAGCGGAAUUGAAAGCACAGAGCUCCAAUAUGGCAACAGGUAAUGAUGUUUCAGAAAAAACUGAUGGUGCCAAAAAGAACCAAGAGGAGACAGCUCUAGUGAAACCUCACAAAGAGCUGUCAGAGAGUAAGGCAAUACAUUCACCAAUUGAAGUUCAACAGACUACUUUAAAAGGAGCAUUAAACCAUGAGUGUAUUGAAAAGGACUUAAAGGUCUUGAAGGACUCUGAGAGAUCUUCAUACAGAGCCACACAGGAAGGCCUGCCAGAGGAUAUUGUGACUCCUGGAGGACAACAGAAAGGCUUAACACUGGCACAGAUGGCAAACCAGGCAGUGUAUAUCCAGAGCGUUCUGCCAGAAUCAUCACAAGGCCAAAAAGAGCAAAGGAAGAAAUUUAAAGAGGUAGCAACAAUGACAUUUCCGUCUGAAUGCAGUCCCAUUGCUAGAAAGAGCUGCCAGGAUGUAGAGAUCCAAGCUGUUCCCAGUGUUCAGUGCAAAUCAGCAUCCACUAGCCCAUAUCUUUUCCCACCAAUUAUUUGCCCCAACCAUUGCUGUGAAGGGAAAGAUGAUUCUGAUCAUCUAACAGUUGUGUACCAGAUUAAGACUGGGUUGGAGCCAUUGAAUCCCGUUUACGAAAUCACCACAGGAGUAGGUCCAUUGAAAGGUCCUAGUGUCAUUCAGGAUGUACUUUCGAAGACACCUCUUACAAAUGCUUUUCAGGCAAUUGUGUAUCACCCACCAGGAAAUGGUAUACACAACUUAACUGACCAAUCCGAGACAGCUAAAGUGGAUGCUGAUUUAGCUGAGGCUACCUGUAAAAUAACAGUGAAUACUCACCAUUCCGUAUCAACCACUCAAAGUGAACUUGGACCUGGAACAAAGCCCAAGGAAAACACUCUAGAAUAUAAAUGCAUUGUAAAAGAGGAUGCUUUGCCUUUAAAACCUGUUUACCAAAUAAAUAUAGAGACUCCCAGCCAUGCAGACCCUAUUCCCAGUAUUAAGUUACAGAGUGAGCCAUCAAAGACUCAGGAAAACAUGAACAAAGCAGACCCUACUGGAGUGAAUGAUGUAUCUUCUGAUGGCCUCUCUACUAAACCAAGUACAACCAACCAUUCUUGCAGUGCCAUUGCUGAUGUUACGCCCUUGCCUAACCAGGCAAUCAAACUAGAUGUUUCUGAUACUAAAUGCUCUCCCUCAGCAGAGGAAACGAAAUUUUGCCCUAUAAAAUUAGAUACUUCAAAGCAAGCACCACCUUCCUCCACUGGGAAAGCUAGUGAAUCUGCACAGUCUAAAAGAGAUGAUCAUAAUACUGUUCUUUCAGCCAAGCCAAAUAUUGUCAUUGAUAGUAUGAAGCAAUCCAUGCAGUCUGAAAAUAAAUCUAAGGUCAGUAGCAAACCGACACAAGCCCAGAAUCUCAAGACUAAUUCUAAGCAUUCAGACCACAAAUCUUCUGGGGCAAAACAAAAUUCAGCUCAUAGAGAAACUAAUUUGGGAAACAAGAAAAAUGAGACAAACUCUAAAAGCAAACAGCAAAAGAAAUCUAAGGGUGUCCGUGACGUACUGUGGGAUGAACAAGGAAUGACUUGGGAGGUGUACGGUGCCUCCCUAGACCCUGAAUCUCUGGGAUUUGCCAUCCAGAAUCACCUUCAGUGCAAGAUCAAAGAGCAUGAAAAAAAAAUAACACCGCAGACUCAGAGCAGAAAGUCCAUUUCCUCAGAGACCUCCACCAGUAAGAAAAAUAAAAGGAGGCAGCAGAACAUUUUCAGGUCCGUCUUUCAGAAUGUCCGACGGCCCAACUGCUGCGUGCGCCCUCGUCCCUCCUCUGUGAUAGACUGAACUCGGGUCUGUGCUGGGGUCUAAAAUAUCUUUUACGUUUCCUUCAUCAUCUGUAAAAUAGUCUCCGUUCACAUUGUUUUUUUGAAAUAAACAAGUAAAUGGGUAAAUGGAAAUUGGUUAAAAGUGCGAUCUAGCCUGAACUGUUUAACCCUUUGCGGUUCUAUGUCGGACCUGGUCCGACAUUGCAAUUAUUCCUAUCAGGUCCAAAAUCCCAAAUGGUUUCUGUAAGAGUACUUUAAUCCUUUGCGGUCCAAUGUCGGACCCUGUCCGACAUCAUCAAAAAAACGCAGAAAACGGGUUUCUAGUCGUUUUUUCACCUGAAAAAGCCGAGAAAACCAUUCAAUGGCCAAGUGGGAGCAACAGAAGCCGAGACAAGCCGAAAAAGAAAAGGGCGUAUCUCAUGAAUAGUCAUACUUGCCCCUGGCAUCAGAUAGGGGCGGCCAUAGGAAACAAGCUGUCUGUUACUGAAUCAGCGCACAGAGAAUAACACAGACAUUUGCAGAGCUUUUUUGAGAUAUUAUAGUAAUAAAAUAAUGACUUGGAUCGCACUAUUGAGGAGUUUGGUGAUAAAACAAGUGAUCAGGAGAUGAUCGAUUGGUAUGUACAACUAUUAUUAUUAUUAUUAUUAUUUAUUUCUUAGCAUAUGUGAAAACUGUAGCGAACGAAAGGGUGGGGCGGGGCUGGAGAUGCCUAGUGAGUGCUUUGCUGAUAUGCAGGGCCUUUUAAACCCGUUUGACUGUGGAAAAAAAUACUUUUAAACAGCGCGUCUAAAAUUAACUGCGCGUGUGAAAAUAAAUUGGACCUGACGCGCCUGACACGCACUUAAUAAAUGGAAUGCAAAGGGUUAAUGUAAAUUUUACAUAUAAACAACUUGGGCAACCAGUUGCAAGUUUUUUUGUUUUUUUUUAAACAACUGUAGUAACUUAGUAUAUGAAAAACACUUUUAAGAAAGAUUGUAUCAUAGAAAUCCAGAUUACAAUAAUAAUAAAAAUGAUGUGCAAGUGAAUUUGUUACCCCUAACCAUCCCAAGGGAUUUUAUGUAUGAUAACUUUCACGUUACUGGUAAAUAAUAAACCAUUGCAAAGCAUGUGCAUUUGUUAAAUGUUUUUGAACAGAUUUUUUUGAAAGAUUUAACUUACAUCCUAAUUUUAAAAAAUCAUCAAAGACCAUUUCACAUUGAGACUCAUCUGUGUUGCUUCCAGGUAAAAGUUACCGUUGUUGGUUUAUUUUUUGGCUAGACACACCUAAAUGGGUCUGAUAUAUUUCAAUGUCCAUGUUGUGUUUUUUGCUAUUGCUACAUACCAAUCUGACCAAUCCAAAACUUGACCUGAUUAAUUCAAGGUGGUUGGCUGUAUUUCAACUCCCAAGUUGUGUUUACCUUUUAUUAAAAAAGAUACUGCUAUAAAUCUCUGUGGAUUUCAUUU